GAAAAGAACUUUAAGCAGAAACAGAAGAAAUGCCCUGCAGGAAGACCUGAUGCUUUCUGCCAAUGUUGUCUCCUUGUGGGAGGCAGCUGCUGUGUAUUGAAGUGGCUUUGUUAACACAAGGCGCUGCCGUCCUUGUGUGCUCUGGUGAGACGUCACCUCCGGGAAGCAAUCCUCCUUCUCUAAUGACUGGAAGAGUUGCUGGACUGUAGCCUGUCAGAGUCCCAGGGAGAGCUGAAUGGGCAGAAAGGCCUUGUGCCCUCCAACUUCUUGGAAGAAGUGCCUGACGAUGUGGAGGUCCACCUUUCUGAUGCUCCAUCCCACUACUCCCAGGACCCACCCAUGCGCUCCAAGGACAAAAGGCUAUCGAGCAGAGUUGUGAUCAGGACGAGAGUGGGAACCGAACGUCAGUGGACCUGCGGAUACGAAGGACCCAGCACUCGGUGCUGUCACGGAAAUUUGUGGACGUCAUGACAGAAUACAACGAAGCGCAGAUCCUGUUUCGGGAGCAAAGCAAAGGCCGCAUCCAGCGCCAGCUAGAGAUCACUGGGAGGACCACCACAGACGAUGAGCUGGAGGAGAUGCUGGAGAGCGGGAAGCCGUCCAUCUUCAUCUCGGAUAUUAUAUCGGAUUCACAAAUUACUAGGCAAGCUCUCAACGAGAUCGAGUCACGUCACAAAGACAUCAUGAAGCUGGAGAGCAGCAUCCGAGAGCUACACGAGAUGUUCAUGGAUAUGGCCAUGUUUGUGGAGACCCAGGGUGAAAUGGUCAACAACAUCGAGAGAAAUGUGAUGAAUGCUGCCGACUACGUCGAACACGCCAAGGAAGAAACCAAGAAAGCCAUCAAAUAUCAGAGCAAAGCCAGGCGGAGCCACCACUGAGUGACCUCCAGGAACAGAGUGACCAACGGUUUGACUGGAACCAUGGCCCUGACUGUACCAUGAGGAGCAACCAUCGGAGCCUUGGAUUCACUGGCACCUGGAAGAUUGAUCACCAGAGACACAGACAGCCCCAACUACACCAAUCAGAGGAAAAGAUGGCUAGACAAGUGCAAAGCCAAAAUGAAGACGCCAAGACAGAAGCGAGGGAAGAAGGACUUAUCAGCUGCAGCAGGAAGGAGAAGCAGGGCAUCAUCUCUACAGCCGGGCUCUCUCAAACCAAAGAACAGGUAUGAAUUUAUAGGAAGGCCACACUUGUUCCUAUGGGGAGGGCGCAUUCCUGCACAUGCCCAGUGUGUGCUGCAAAGCUUUAUCUGGAAAUAAAAGAUCACCUGUCAUUGACACAGCGACCACCCUUGAAGGUGCAGCUCUGCGUGGCUACUAACAGUGUGAAGCCAGUGAAGCUUCAUGAGACCUUGUUUCCAAACCAAAAUAUAGGAGCGGGGGCUAAAGCUCCAUCUGGAGAGGCUCUCUGCUUCCUGACUGUGAAUGCCAUGUGAGAGGCCGCCUUCAGCUCCCACAGCCACAGCAGACUCUACCCUCCAACCUCCUCAAGUCACUGUUGUCUCAGCAACAGGGAAAAACCAACGCACCACAUUACUGUGUUGAACAUGGGGUUCCCGAUGUUUCUAUGAAGAUUUGGUGUCUGAGGACGCCUUUUGUUAUCGAUCUCCCAGGUAUAAAGAAAUGCCAACAUUAGCACCUCAGCUCUCAUCCUAAAGGGAAUAAGAGAUGGUUUAUUCUGGAGUCAUUUAGAGUAAGCACACCCCAGGAACACAAAUUUAGGUUACCCCAAAAUUCCAUGUUCCAAUGUGGAAGCCUUUCACAGGAUUUGCGCAGUUUUACACAACAAAGACAGUCGUAAGUCGAGGCAACUUUACCAUACAUUUGUGGGCACACCAGAGCGGCAGGUACAUUGAGAAGUGGGGAGCGCUAUUCUACAGGCGAACAGGCGAUCUGAUGACAUUCUUAGAGCUCUCCGUUUUGAGAAGCUAAUGUUCUGCUAAGUUAAUAGCUUCAAGGAGGUGUUUAUUAUCAUGAGUUACUAGUUUUGAUAGAGUGACAGUUGGGUGGUGGCGGCAGACACCUUUAAUCCGAGCAUCCAGGAAGCAGAGGAAGGUGGAUCUACAGAGUUCCAGUCCAGCCUGGUCUACAGAGUGAAUUCCAUGACAGCCCAAACUAGACAACCAAACCCUGUGUGUGUUGAAAUGUCAAAAAAAAAAAAAAAGAGGGAAGGAAGACAGGAAGAAACUCAGGAACUGAGUGCGGCAAGGAGCUAGAACUAGCACAAGGUAAAGUAAUUAGUCGCUGGACCUAUCAAAUUCAAACCUCUGCACAGUAUUGAAAUUCUGCCUAGACUGUCUGUCUCUUCAGACACAGCACAGACUCUUUCCAGGAGCUUUGUUGUUGUUGUUCACAGCCAGACAGCAUCUUUUCAGACAUUUUUGUUCACACAAACUAAGUAAACUAUUUUUUUCAUAAUGCAGAGUAAAUUAAACCAGGUAUAGGGAAGUACACCUGGAAUACCAGCAGCACAGAGGAGGUAGAGGCAGGAGGAUUCCUAUGAGUUUAGUGCCUGCUUUGGAUAUGAUAUAUAGCAAGUACUUCUGAUAGCCACAUGCUGCGAAUACAUGCACACAUAGGAACUCACACACACAUAUACAUAGGAACACACACAUACACGUAGGAACAAACACCCAUGCACAUAGGAACACACAUACACAUAGGAACAUACACACAUACACUAGGAACACACGCAAAAAGUACUAAAAAUAAUAAUGAAGAGAAUUUUGAAGGCAGUGCCAGGCAUGGAAUCGUGCCUGCAGUUCAAGGAGUUGGGAGACAAAGGCAGGAGGAUCAAAGGUUCCAGGCUAUUUUUGUCUACAUAGUAAAUCUGACACCAGCCUGGGCUACAUAAAACCCUGAACCCUCCCAUUUGGUGGGGAGCAGAGUCGAUGUUGACCUUUUUCCAUGACUCAGAGUUACAACAAGGGGUCUAUCUUCCACCUUCUGAGUUUUUGAACAUAAGCUGCUGCUCUUCUUCCCCUGUGAGCGCCCAGGUCUGUCUGUUCCGGGUUCUCCCUUAACAGCCUUCUCUCACCUGGUGUUUGCCUAUGCUGCUGGGAUAAGAAAGCAUU